UGGCAACACAGCUCAGAGCAGCUUCUAGCUGAGAAACACAUCGACCUGGCUCUAAGCAAAGACCUUUCCAGUAUGUGUGGAACCACAGCGAAAAUAGACUAUUACAUAUAACUUUGUGAUAAGAGGUUAUGUCGAAUAGUGACGACUCUGCUGAGUUGAACAGAGUGAAUUCUCCAGUUGAUCACAGAAGAAAGCACAGCAUGGAAUCUUCUAGAUCUCCCAGAUCAUCCAAACACCACCAUUCACGAUCUAGGUCACGCUCCAGAGACCGAAAACGUGACAGAAAAUAUAGACGAAGUCGCAGCAGGAGCAAAGAGGCACGGAAAAGAGAUUCAGAGAAGCCAUCAAAAUCUCACAGAAAGUCUGAUGACCAUCAAGAGCAGGAGAGACAUCCCGCAGAGAAUGGAGAGGAGCGAUCCAGGCGGAAGGAAAGGAAGUCUUCAAGGGGGCGGAGCUUCUCCAGGUCACACUCGAGAGAUAGACGGCAUCACAGCAGGAGCAGAGAACGGCGGCGGUCCCGAUCACGCAGUCGGGAAAGGAAGAAGAAGGCCAGGUCUCGUUCAGGUUCCAGAAGCAAACAUCGUCACCACAGCAGAAGUCGUAGCAAAAGCAGGGAGCGCAAGAAGAGGAUUGAGAAGGUGCACAGAAAAAGUCUUAGCAGGUCUGUUAGUCCGCUCGUCUUCCGUGGGAGAAACACAGCUAUGGAUGCACAAGAGGCUUUAGCCAGAAGACUAGAAAGAGCCAAGAAACUUCAAGAGCAAAAAGAGAAAGAGAUGUUAGAGAAACAGCAGCAGCAACAGCAGGAAAUGGCUGCAGCUGUGGCUGCCCCUAUUGCAGCUGCUGCUGCAGCCGCUGCCUCAAACCCUGCCCUAAACGUCGCCGCCCUGCUGGCAUCUGGAACACAGGUCACUCCCCAGAUUGCGAUGGCUGCACAGAUGGCAGCGCUUCAAGCCAAAACCCUGGCUGAGACUGGUAUUGCUGUCCCCAGUUAUUAUAACCCAUCUGCUGUCAACCCAAUGAAGUUUGCAGAGCAGGAGAAGAAAAGGAAAAUGCUUUGGCAGGGAAAGAAAGAUGGGGAAAAGUCACAAACAGCUGAGUUGUGGGAAAAGCUCAACUUUGGAAACAAGGAUCAAAAUGUCAAAUUUCGCAAGCUAAUGGGUAUUAAGGGUGAGGAUGAUGCAGAAGCUGCCAAAAAACUCAAUGAAGAAGGCUUGAAGACUCUUCAAAAGCAAGAAGAGAUGUUUAAGAACCUUGAUGUUCAGUACGAGAUGGCUCGAUCUCAGACACACACCCAGAGAGGAAUGGGCCUCGGCUUUUCCUCAUCUUUUUCUCGGGGGAUGGAUUCUGUGUAGUGCCCAUCCUCUGCACUUCAUACUCAUCUCAUCACAUAAUUCAUCGCUGGCCCUCAAGCUUGCAUGAAUGUUGCUCUGAAUCUGUAAAUUAUUUAUAGAAAGAAAAAAAAAA